AUGCCGCCGGGUCAGACUAUCGUCAUCUCCGGCCCAUCGGGCGUGGGAAAAGGAACCCUGAUUCAGAAGCUACAAGACACGCACCGCGGACUCUUUACACUUACAGUUUCACACACCACAAGAAGCCCUCGGCCAGGUGAGGUUGAUGGGGUGAACUACUACUUUGUCUCCCGCGCACAGUUUUCUGCUCUUAUUGCUCAGAACGGAUUCAUAGAGCACACAACAUUUAGCGGUGCUAUGUACGGCACUAGCAAGCGAGCUAUAAUAGACCAAGCAGCCAAAGGCUUGAUUCAAGGGACCGUUGUUCUCCUCGAGAUUGACCAGGAAGGUAUCAAGCAGCUAAAGCAAAGUCCCUAUAUUCCCGCCGCUCUCCAAGGCAGAGUUGAUUACGCAGAUACAACACCCGGGCUCCAUGACCUCGUCAUUGUUAAUGACAACAUUGAAAAGGCAUACAAAGAGCUCGAGGAGUUCAUAUUCCGGUAA